GGCUUUCUUCCACGUGUCCACAGAUUACGGGAUGUUCAUCAUCACUCUAGUAGCCAUAAAAACACUACUGUGUUUAUUUAUUUAUUUGACGAUAAUGGUGCACAAUCAUAUCCAAAACCAGACCAUAUAUGAGUGACACGUGUCAAAAUGGAUAUCACCGAUUGUUUUUGCUUGAUUAAAUUCAUAGACUGCCUUCAUCAGCUCCCAUUCAGGAGUAAGAAGAAUUCAAGAAAACAAAAAUGGCAGCCGCAGCCAUCUCCACCUCUCUUAACCUCAAACCUUCUUCCAUCACCGGCCUCCAGAAGCCGGCGGCGAAAGGCCUUCCUUCACUUACCAGAACCUCCUUCAAGAUUCAAGCCAGCGGUGGCAAGAAGAUCAAAACCAACACGCCUUACGGAACUGGAGGAGGUAUGGCACUGAGAGAUGGUGUAGAUGCAUCCGGAAGGAAGCCAACUGGAAAGGGUGUUUACCAGUUUGUUGAUAAGUACGGUGCUAAUGUUGAUGGAUACAGUCCCAUCUAUAAUGAAGACGAAUGGGCACCAAGUGGUGAUGUCUAUGCUGGGGGGACGACAGGGUUGUUGAUAUGGGCUGUUACCUUGGCUGGAAUUCUAGGAGGAGGUGCUCUUCUAGUCUACAGCACAAGUGCUUUGGCACAGUAGAAUCAAUCUAUAUAUGCUUCUGUAUGUUUAAUAUUUCUUGUAUUUUUCGUCCAUUAUAUGGAAUUGUUUAAGUAAAUGUGUACAAUAUAAUACAUCAAAUCUUGUUCUUGUUUACUUAUUCCUAUGUUUAUGCAUGCUUACCAAAAUAAGUUGCUAUUGUAUGAUUUUGCCACUUUAAUCUUUAUUUUGCGCUAGAAAAGUGUAGACCCAAAAAAUCUAGGUUUGUUUGAUUUGAUCGAAUGAGACUACAACUACAAAGAUAUAGGAUUAGAAUUAGAAUGGGCAUUUAACAUGGAAUAAGCAUAUAAUGGAAUGGAUAGUUAUUCGAUGAUCAUGUUUUCAUGUUUUGUGAAAUAAAGUAUCAUAUAAUUUGAGUUACCAAUGUUACUUGUUUUGUCAGAAUUAUCAUGAAAGUAUUUUUUUUGUAUUUGUACACCC